AUGAAUGGCAAUGAAUCUGAUAGUGCGUUGCUACGAAAGUACAAGAACCAGGUGAAACUGCUAACGGAAGAGAUUGCGCACCAUGAAAACGAACAAUCGGUGAGAGACUGGCAAAUCGAUGAGCUAAAGGUAAAGCUGAGGUCGGUAACCGAAGAGUUAAAAAACGUGAAGCAAGACCUGGAAUUUGAGACGCAACGAUCGCAAACUCUGGAAGAAGCAAACAGCGAACUGCAAUUGAGACUGCGUGAGUCCAAAUCACAGCACACUGCGAUUCUACAAGAGCUGGAACAGCUGAAGAGCGAGAAACGCGUUAUCAGCGAGAGGAUAAGGCAAUCGUACGUAGAAUUGGGAACAAGGAGGAAGAUCAGUACCAACCUGAUACCAGACAACAACAGUGACGACGAAUACGAAUACAAAGAUGGAAAUGGAAAUGGGAAGGAUCACGAUGUUUUAGAAGGCACUGUCGCCAAUAGAAGAAUAUCUUCUAGAAAAUUUUCAUCUAAGACGACGACAAGUGAGGAACAAGAAUUGUCAUCAUUUGAUGAAUGGAGCGACGAUGAGGUUGAUGAGUUGCACGAGAUCGAACAAGAUGGCGAUGCCCUAGAACCAAAACAUGAACCUGCUGCUAGCCAAACGUUGCUUCAACAAUACGAAACUUUAAUUGAUGAUCUGCAGCAUGAAAAUGAAAAACUGGUAGCACAGCUUCGGAUCCAAGCCCUCAGAACAGCAAAUAUAAGCGUCAGCCCGCCGUUACGAAAAUUCCUGCACGAAACGUAUCCCGUGAUGGCGAAAAGACCGACCUAUAUACUUCUAUGGCAACCCUGGUUCAGCAGCAGCAGCAGCUGUCCAGGAGGAAAGUUUAAACCAGUAUCCAUGGGGGUACUUCUAGACAUUGACAUGUAA